UGUGUGUGUGUGUGAGAGAGAGAGAGGUGAGCUAGUGAGUGUUAGUUGGCUGGCUGCCUGUAGUCCCGGCAGGUUGGCGCUCACGCAGGCCCCUGUUUUCUCUCCUCUCUCCCUCUGUCGUAUCGAUCCGACUUAGCCGGUGACUUCUGGCACUGAGUUCUAAGGCUCUGGGUUCUGGUUCCGGAACAUCUUCUGCUGCCGCUGUGCUGUGCUGUGCUGUGCGGUGCGGUGCAAAUUGGAACACUGCAGUGGACUGAUGAGAGAUCAGCCUCGGUGACUCCGUGUGUCCUUCCUUCCUUCCUCCCUCCCGUCGGUCUCUCCUUCUCUUCUGCUCUCUCCCUCGUUCUGCGAGUCUCGGCUUCCCCAUGGGCAACGAGAACAGCGCUCCGGAUGAGCCGCCACAAGAGGGCACUACAGACAGCGUGGUGCUCUUCCCUCCUCAGGCUGAUGGACACUCAGAGCCUCCACAUCAGGCUGAAGUUAACGGAGAGGGCUCACCGUCGGCGAAGAGAGAGAGCCGGGCGGAGAACGGUUCCGCUGGCGUCCACACCUCGCUGCCCACGGUCGCCCAGGGAGACGAGGACACACUCCGGAGGAGGAACAGGAGGAGCCCGUCGCCACGGCUACAAGGUGGUGCAGGAGGAGGAGGAGCGGCGGCAGGGGAGGAAGACUUGGACGAGUUGGAGUUUCCCCAUGACCUCCUUCCCAGCACGGACCUCAGCACCGAGCUCAACCUGAACUGGGGCUCCGCACUAGGGCGUGAGCAGGUGAGCUCAGGUGCGAUGAAGAGUGAGGCCGUGGCCCUCUCUGGCUCGGCAAACCCUCUCUUGGCCGGCCUGCAGCAGUACAUGGACGCACGCCCACCUGUCCGGGGCAUUGUCAAGAGUACCCCAGAGGAAGAGGGUGACCCAGUUCUUCACAGUGGCCCCCGACCCCAGUCCCACGUUCCCGUUCAGGGGCACGGGGAACAGGAACAACAGCACAGUAGAAGCCCCCCAGCUCCCCAUUCAAGGAGCCCCUCACCCCAUUCUAGAAUCCUGCCUCCCAGUUCUAGAAGCCCCUCACCUCAUUCUAGAACCCUGAAUCAUCCUUCUAGAGACUGCUCCCCUCCUCAUUCUCAAAGCCCUCAGCUCCAUUGCUCCUCCUCGUCUGAGCAAAUUAACUUGGAGCUGCAGGCUGCCCUACAGGAAUGCGAGGAGCAAAUGGCCUCCUUUGCGCAGGCAACGACGGGGCCAAGCACCCCGUCCAGCCAAGUCUCCGUUGGCGAGUCUCUGUCGGAGGCCAUGGCCAAAAAAGAAGGGAAGAGAAAAAAGAGGAGGAAGAAGAAAGGUGCCAGUCUGGAGGUGGAGCCCUCCUCCUGUGAGUCAAGUUUCCAUGGUGACAAUGUCACGGUGGCAUCUACUGGGUCGAAAAAGGAGGAGGAGGAGAAGGAGGAGGUAGCCCAUUUUAGUUUCACAAGCUACAUUUUGGGCAAUGCCAGUGGUGGCGCAGGCGAAGGGGAGAAAGAGCUGGAAAAUUCAAAGGUGAGUGAAGAAACGGAGAGAGAAUCGCAGACUGAAACAAACGCAGCACUGAAGCAAGAGGAAACAGAUAUUUGUUUACCGAAUGUCACCGAAACAAAACCCACCAGCACUCCAUCAGAGGAAAUGCAAAAGCACCUACCUGCCAUAGCAGACAGCCAGCUGGCAACAGAAAAAGACAAAGACUCAUUUGUGCAGACAGGUUCAAGCACUGCAACCUGUAAAAGCUGCCCCCCAGAAUGUGCACCGGUGGAAGCCAACAUUUCACACAAUGCACACAAGACAGAGGGGGAAGUAAAUUUAGUGGUCAGACUGCCCAAGAAUGAGUCAGAUCAGGCCAGCGCAGAGACAGCCCUUUUCCCACAGACAUCAGCUGAGACUGAGGCUGGGCCCAUACUCACAGACUCAGCACCCCGUGUAAACCCGUGCCCUCAUGCUGCUGAUGGAGGUGGGCGGACAGAGUCACUGGCUGACACAGACACUCAGCAGGCCAAGGGUGCACCGACAAAGACAGAGACACAGCCACCGGAAAAGCCACAAACACAGACACAGCCACAAGCAUGGGCAGAGUCUGAGGCACAGAAACAGACCUCAACAGAAACUGAGAAACAGACACUGGAACAGACAGGGGCCGAACCUGAGCCACAGAAACAGACACAGGCACAGACAUCAACCCAGACAGAAACAGAGACACAGGAACAGCCACAGACACAGGCACGGAGUGAAACACCUAAACAGACACUGACACGAGCACAGAAAAAGAAACAGAGACAGAAACAGAAACAUAAACAAGCACAGACAGAUGCACAUGUACAGGCACAGACAGAGGCCCAACCACCGGCACAGGCACAGACACAGGCACAGACACACUCACAGACACAGACACAGACGUCCAGCCGAGAGACAGAGAGCAACAAAAGUCCCAACAGGACCUUCACCCUGACAUCUCCCGGGGCAACAGGCUCAGAUUUACAAGAGCAGCUGAUUCCCCAGAGACUGGAGGAAGGAGGGGGGGAUUUCAGCCCCCAGUCCCUAAACUACCCAGCCACGCCAGCUCAUCUUACCCCCUCCGAGAGCACACCUGCCCCCCCAUCGACCCUCCCCCCAGGGCUGGGACAGGAUCAGGGGCAGCAGGGUGACCACAGCCAGACAGAUGGGUCAACCGACACACACACAUGCCCCAUCCCCAGCACAUGCACAUUACCACAGCCCGAUCUACACACACACUCAAAGCCUGUUGCACACACAGUCCCUGAGACUGAAACACAAACCCACCUCAAGACAAACACACACACAACCGCAGAGCCUGAUGUGCACACAACCCCCGAGUCCAGCACACACACUGGGACAGAGCCGGAAACCACACCCCACUGUGACCAGUCAAUCGUUGAGCCAGAUCAUGAUAGAGAAGCAGCAGCAGCAAUUGAUCCGAGCCACCGGGGAAAUGUCGAUGAUGAUUGCACUGCUCCUGAGGGAUCGAGGCCAUUGAGUCCACGUGCCAGACGCAAGCCGACAGGCCGACUUCCUGUGAAGUUGGAAAAUGAAUUGGAAAUUGAGAGCAGAGAAAGGAUAAGAAAGCAGGGUCAGGCUGAAACACUCAUCAAUAUAGAUGAAGAGGCUAAACAUCAGGAGAAAUCAGCCACACUGAAUCAAGAACAGAAAAACACACUUAGCCAGGAUGAGGCGUCUUUGACUCACACACACCCACAGGAAGCACUCAGUAAUACUCAGGCAGAGAGAGUUGCGGCUAUACAACAGUCUGCCCAAUUGAAAAUAGAACAGCAGCAGCAGCAGGAGGAGGCAAAAGAGAUUGUAAAUAAAGAAAAGGUGCUCUCUCUGGACCAGCAAACCCAGCUCUCAAUCCCAUCCAGCGUGGGAGAGAAAAAAGAGAGGAGGAGGAAGAAGAGGUGGAGGGGUGUCGAUGAAGAGGCUCCUGUGCGAUCUGAUAAUACUAAUACUGGUCGUGCCUCGUUGCCACUGACAACACCCACGAUGCCAGAAAUGAUAGAAAGCGAGGGAGUGCGAGAGCGAGAGAGAGCAGGGAGAGAAAGCAGAGUGAGAGGGAGUGAAACGACGGACGCAACAGUGAAAGAAGUGCUGGACACGGAUGCAGCGCUCGGCGAGGCUCCGGCUUUUAGCGAGCUGUGCGCUCCCCUGAUCCCGAAUGGAGAGCGAGAGCAGAGAGAGAGCCAGUCAGAGCCAGAGCCAGAUCCAGAUCAUGGGCGCUCGUUAAUCUUCUCUCAGAGUAAUUGCUCACCUGCACUUAAAGAAGAGGACGAGGAACAGAGGGGAGAGAAGAACACUGUCUCUUCCAGUAUCUGCAGCAGCAGCAAUAACGGUAACAGCAGCGAUAGUAGCAAAAGCAACCCUGGCAAUACAAGCAGGAGUAGUGCUAACUGUAAAAUGCCACAGAACUCAUUGGAGAGUGAAGAGAAGGGAGGGGGACAGCCCGCAAACAGCUCCCCGGGGACCGAGGCUCUCUCACCAGCCGAGGAAGGAGGGACAAAGGCAGCCCGGACGGAGGAGGACCGGCUCCUUCUAACGACGAGCACAACCACCGGCACCGGCAGCAGCAGCAGCAGCACUGUGCCUUUAGGGGAUCCGAGCAAACUCACCAGCCAGGAAGAUAGCGCAGAGCGAUUGGCAGGAGUGGAAGAGAGUGACAGACGGAGAGAGAGAGGAGAGAGAGUGAGAGAGGAGGAGGAAGGAGAGAGGGAGAGGGAGAGGGAGAGGGAGAGGGGGGAGCAGAGGAAAGGUGGAGCAGCGAGACAGCGAGUGAGUCCAUCCAGUGAGGUGCCACUGACGACGGAGAGAGAGACAGCAUCGCCACUCCUCUCAACCACCACCACCACCAGUACCGUUACAGACCGGCAGGCUGAAACGCAGCAGCAGCAGCACCAUCAUCACAGCAGCAGUAACGACAGAGGCAGUAACAGUGAGCGCAUCAAUCUCAUCCCUGACGAACAGCGCUCCUCUCCCUCUCCUCACUCCUCUAUCUCCGCUCGCUCCUCUCCUCCGCCAGCCGGCGGUGGCGCAGGCAGCUCGGACUCAUUCAAUCACUCCUCUCCGCCUCCUCUGGCUCACACAAACUCCGGCGAAUCGCAAAAAAAGGGAGAGGGAGAGGGAGAGGGAGAGAGAGGGGCUGAGUUGAAUCAGUGCCUGGACAAAGCAACAGUAGCAGCGGUGGCAGUGGCAGAGAAAGAAGGAGAAACAGCAAAAGCAAAAGGAGAAGAAAAGGGGGCAUUCAGCGCUACUUUGGCGGAAGCCGCUGCGUCAGCACAGAGGGCAUUAUUGGCCGGUGCCAGCCAGCAACAGGUAGGGCAGUCACACUUUGCCCUCAAUCCACAUCAGGCUCCAGCGGGCACACACAGCACACAGCCAGGAGUGAGCGUGGCAUUACCAGACCCACAGACACAACAGGCGGCCGCGGGGAAAGAGACCAGCCAACCCUUUGGGAUUGUUACGUCACAGCCAACACCACCACAGUCUAGUGAGACGGAGACCACACAACCAACCACGAAAGUGACGUCACAGCAAGUGCCAAAGACACAGCCACAACCUGGUGAGUCCCAAUUCCAGUCUCAGUCUCCAUCCGGCAUGUGGGAAACUGUGAGCAGCUACACCAGUGCAGGCAGCACCUUGACAAUGAAGGAUGGCAGGUGCGCAGCAGAGACCGUAGGUGUCGCCACCACGAAUGUUGAUCCAAAAGCAUGUGCCUCGCUACCGCCGCUUACGGUGCACGAGAGCCUUCGUCACCCGGUGACUGAGAGCAGCUUUGGACUGAAGGAGUAUUAUGGGAUUCCAGAGAGGAGGACAGAGGGGCCACCCUCUGAAACACAUGUGACAACAAGUGAACCAGACCGAUCUGGGAACUCACUGAAAGACCCCAAAGGAGAACAAAAGAGCAAAUCAAGCGUGUCUGGAAAGUCGCUAAAAGACCACAAACAAGAAAACAGCAAAACAGCAGAGCCCGGUGGGAAAGAUACAUGUGAGAAAGAGACUCAAAAACAGCUUGGGGUUCAAACAGCGGGUGUUGUUGUCACCUCAGACCUGGGCCAGGAGGAUGGGCAGGCUGCCCAGUCAGCUUCCUCUGAUGAAAAGACGCCACAGGCACCGGAUGCAGCCAUGGCUGCUUCUCGAAAGACAGGAAGCCAGAAAGUCGCCGGUGUCGAGAACACUGUUGAUGUUGCCGGUUCACUUCCAGCUGAGGACAAGCAAAGUGCUGACUCUUCUUCGUCCUCGAUGAAGGUCGGUACUGAUGAGGGUCAGAGGGCAAAGGUCACCAAGGUCAAAGAGGUCAAAGGCGAUAUGAAAGCACAGCACAUGGCUCAAUCGGAACGUGUUGAUAGCCAAAAUGACUCAACAUUAUCGCAUAAAAAAGAAAGUAUAAGCAAAGCUGAUUCUCAGCGCUUGAUUAAUGGCAGCGAGCGGAGAGGGGGAAGCCAAACAGCAGCUGUUGAUCUGAGACUGGAAAAGGAAAACACAGAGGAGAAGAGAAAAGAUGGCAAAAACGCAGAAUCAUCCACACUAUUAGUGAGCGAUGAUGUAGAGAAAUUAACCCUUGAUGAGAGUAGUCAGCAUGCUGUCGUGUCUGCACGUUUGACUCAGCAAAAGGAAGAAAGUCAGCAGAAAGUGGAUACUGAGUGUUUGACGAGGGAAGAACCGAGAGAAGUAGACGGAAAGCAUUGUGCUGAUGCUAAGGACUUGAAGGAUGUACAGAAGGAUUAUAAUGGCAAAAGCAAGGUGGAUUCUGGACCUGUUGCAGGUGAUGAGCUAAAUCAGCCUCCAGCCUCAGUCUCAGCUACUGUCACCGCUGCUCAAAAUGCCCCCACUGAAACUGAAUCUACUACUAAGAGCCAUGUGCAGUCAGGUGAGUCUCACUCACCUGUCAUUGACCCCAACACUGACAGGCCGACUUCAGGUGAUGCUGUUCCAAAAGCACCGGGCACUCCUGAAGUCACGCCCUCCACAGUGAGAUCUAACCAAUCACCUGUCACUUCUAACUCCUCUCACUCCGCUGUAGUCACAGCAAAGGAAGACGAUUCAACGGAAAUAAAUAGCACAACAACCGAUCUGACCCAAAGACCUGACUCUCAUCCCCUGCUCCUAACACAGCAACCUACACAAGGCACCGAUAGUGCUGUGACUCCUCAGCCCUGUGCGGACUCCUCUUCCCAGGCUGCCACGGCGAUGGGACCGGCUGCCGUGCCGACCAUUGUUCUCAAGACUCCGGGCCCCAUGCUGAGUCACCGGGAGCUCGUAAAUGAUUGUGACAUCACAAGCAGCGUUGAGGAGAAGGGGGAUGUACCUCCACCACUCUCCAUCUCCACCAUUGCCGGCACUGCUGCCGGUGAGUUUAAUGGCCCAUUAUGCAGUAUAGACAAGCAGGGUGUGGCUCAGGAGAUGCACACCACUGUUCCAAGCCAGCCCAUAAAACAAGAGAGCGCUGGGGAGGGUGACUCCACACAAAGAAAGGUGGAGAAAGACAGAGCCUCCCCCGCGGACACUCCUUCCCUCCCUGUCAGUGAUGGUGCCGCAGACAAAUGGGGGAAUAAUGCUUCUGCAGUACAAGCCAUACCCAACAGCAGUAGCAGCAGCAGUGGCAGCAAUAUUACCAGCAGCAGCAGAGGCAGUAAACCUGAAGAGACAGGCAAGGGAAGAGGUGUGCCUGAGGGCUGUGCUGUUAUGUCUGUGUGUGAAACAGGAAGCAAGACAUCGGAAGCAGCCAGUGAGAGUGUGUCACCACCACGCCUUCACAGUCAGGCUCUGGAGUCGGUGACUUCAUCCAUUGACAACAAGCCACAAAUCACCGGCCUGGCUGCGCAACCUGACAGCACAAAGAAAUCAAUGGAUGCUGCGCAGGCCUCUAUGGCAAAACUUGACAUUUCGGGGAAGUCAAAUGGGGUUGACGGAUCAGCUGCUGGUCUAACACGUGUUCCGACAUGCAGCAGUGCUGUCACUGACCUGCAUCCAAAUGAGCCACUGGCUGUUAAUCACUCAAUCCAUGCUGGCCAGCGUCUCGGGGGUGAUGUGACCACCUCUGUCGUCAAAAAUGUGACAGGAGACACAGUAAAAAUACAGCAGGGGAAAGGAGCCAUUGAGGAAAAGCAGCAAAGGGUUGUGGGAGAAGAGAAAGUGAGACAAACACAAAAGCCUGCCGCUAAGAGUGUGCAGGGUGUGAGGUCUGAGCCAGCGCAGCAGCAGCAGGAGGGUGAGAAAACACAACCACGACAGAGUGAGCCAAAUGAAAUCGAGGGAGAACAGCAACAGCAGAGUAGCAAAACAGCUGAGCAGCUGGCAGCCAUACUGCAGAAAGACAACAUGACAGAACAACAGCAACAACAACAGAAGGACACAUCCCAAGGAAGGGGGGAUAGACAUGAAACACAGACAGCGACACAGAGGAAGAUGCUCGAAGGAUUCGAAAGUGACAGAGAAGGAAGCGCUACAGAGAAACAGGCGGGCUCGCUGGCUCCUGACACGAGUGAGAAAAGCAAGCGACACUCCGACACCAGCUCUACGGAGGCAAGUGUAGCGGCUGAACAGUCCAAAGACCAGAACGGGGCUCGAGUUGGGCCCAUUCAUCCACCAGACCAGCCCCUCUCCUCUGGGUCACCCACGGCGGUCCACUCAGACACACAUCCGAGCGUGUUCGACUCUGCACAGGUCCCACAGACAGAAGAGAGCUGUCGCCAUGACAAACAGGAAGUAGAAUCGCAACCACUGGAGCAGAGUCAGCAGAAACAGCCAGAGCUGAGAAACGGACAAGAAGAAGCUCUGGGACAGAGAGCUGUGAGUACACAGGAGGAGGAGGAGACGGGACAGCCACCUAGGGGUGGUGACAGUGACAGCACGCUGGAGGAACAGUCUCAGGGGGCAAAAGUCAGGACAACAGUUAACAAGGGUCAAAAGGUCACAGCAGCAAAGCCAGGAGAGAACAUGGCUGCCUUCGCUGUGUCCCUCAGUGGUGACGGUGACCCUACAGUAGUAUCAGGCAGUGGCGUUUCAUCGCAGGCCAGCAAGUGUGGAGAUGAGAGUGAAAGCAGAAACAUACUUUACCCCAAUAAGGCCACUGGGGCGUCUGUGGCAGACAACAAUACGCCUACAUCCGUCAUUAACACCAGCGCGUCUGAGCACAGUGACGCACAGCCUCAGCGACCACUCAGUCAAGUAGCCUCCGAAUGCACUGUCACACAGCCCCACACAGACAGAGGCAGAGCAGAGCAGGGUCCGUUCAGUGAAGUGGACUCUGAACACAGUUUCAGUGUCACUCAGGCCUCUGAGACAAAACAGGAGGCCUCUGUUCCCAUAACCUUUAACCCCCAACAGCAGCAGCAGGAUGGGGGGGCUCCCGCCAUCCAACAGCGACCCCCCAGCACCACUGACUCCCCCCCAGUGUCUGCAUCGUCCCACACUGAGGCUCCUCAUCACCCAGUUCUGUCGGGUGACAACGCCAACAAAAGUAUGAGACUCCCUAAGGAGGCUGGAACAAAUGCAGAACAAGCAGACCCAGCAACAGCCAUGGGCUUGGAGGCAUGUCCUACUGAACACAGAGUUUUACAGAACAGUGACAAGAGUCAAGGGAGUGACACCACAGAGGACACUGACUCCUCAAAGGCAGCGAGCGCCCAGAAAGGGAACACAACAACAACCAAAACAGCCACAGCCACAGACAUACAACAACCAGUAGCAUCUGGCUCUCCUGACGCACAGAGAAGCGAAAGUGUGACAGCUAAUCUGGAGCAUCAGAGAGGAGGGGAGGCUGUAGUCUUGGCCGCUGGGGGAGCACACACAGACACAGGGGAGAUUCAUGAGAACACAGCUGGGCCCACACAGAAGCAGGCGGAGCCACAGCAGAACCACAGCCAUGGCCCAGACAUCAAACCGCAACAGCAGCAGCAGGGGGCUAGUGCCGGGGAGACUGGGGACGGCCCAAAUCGCAAUCGGCAUUGCGGCCCAGAUAGCAGCCCGAUGGGUAUGAAGGGUAGCGAUGAAGGGGUGAGACAGCGGGGAGAUGGUAGAGAGGAUGACACAAAAGUUGUAAAACAAAUGGAAAAUGUCCGUGCUGCAGACCCUGCAGUGAUGGACAGUAAGCAGGAACUGGGACACCAGGAGGGCAGAGUGGGGAAGUCUUCCAUUGCCAUGCCGACAAGCACCACAGGUGGUUCCGACACCCCACCUCAGGCCAAUCAGGCAGCCCCAAAAUCUUUCAUCGAAAUGCUACGUGAGAGUGCAGUGGCCACAGAAACCGAAGUUUCGGGUCCGAAUGUACAAGUCGAAGAAAUCAAAACGACAAACGACAGUCUCAUUUCUGCCCCAGCCGCCGAGGAAAUAAACACAAACAAACAAGGCUCUGGUAAAGACCCUGCCGUAGAGUCCUCUUCUUCUGCUCUGCUGAAGGCAGGGUCUGGGUUGGGGCAGCAGCCUAGAAAGUCAGGUGGGGGUGCAGGCUCUGAGUCAGUGUGCCAACCUGCGGAGGAACGUGGGAGUUCACACUCUGAGUCAUCGCAGGAACAGAGUGGGGGGUCAAACUGGCUGACGGCCCUCAGGGAGGCAGCGGCCGAACAGGCACACUCCGAGUCGGACCACACAGCGGGCCCUGCAGAGAAAAACACGGACAUCAGACCGAUCCCUGCCCUUGACUCUCCUCAAGGUGACCUUGAGUUCCGCACCCCCAGCGAGGAGUUCCCUCCCCCACCACCAUUGGACGAACCCACAGAGGACACCCACCCCGACUCCAGGUCCUUCCCACCCCCUCCUGCUGAGAGGAGCGCACCCAUCCCUCCUGCCUCCCCACGCCUCCCCCCACCAGGCGACCAACCCCACCUCCACGUCUUCCCCCCCUCCCCCCCCCUUCCCGCUCACCUCCUCCAAGACGCGGCCGAGUUCCCCACACCUCCCCCCACCCCUCCGGACAGAAUCGCACCUCCUCCUCCUGCCACAGCUGCGGAGCCCAUCCCCUCUCCCCCCGCCUCACCACGUCCUCCUCAGGCACGCCGUGUUCCUCCAUCACCUCCUCCCAGGGUAUCGUCAGUACCACAACCACAACCACCUCCUCCUCCUCCACCACCUCCUACUUCUCCACCUCCUGUACCUCCUCCCAGUAGUCAAGAUCAGGAGUGGCCCCAGCCACCUGCUCUCGAUGCACCUGGGUCUCCUGUGUUAGCUGUGCCUGCUUGUCUACCUCCCGAUCCUGCUCCUGUCCCACCACCUCCUCCACCACCACCUCCCAGCACCCAGGACCGGCACUUCCCUCCUCCCCCACCUCCUUGUCCUGCUCCCCCAGCCAGGAGCUCAGACUCUGAUGGAGCAUUUGAGACGCCUGAGUCCACCACCCCAGUGAAGGUAGCGUCUCCAGUGCUGCCUGCACCUGAGGGAGAGCUCCACUCUCAGCACCUGCCCUCAGAGGACACAGGUUUCUACUCUGGUCCAGGGUCAGUAGCAGACGUCACCCUCACCGAUCCCCUUCCCGCCUCCUCAGGGGACGCAGGUGGUGAGUCCAAGUCUCCAACCCGCUCCAGCUCCUCCGCCUUUGACGAGGACAAGCCGAUCGCCGCCAGCGGAGCCUACGACCUUGACGCACUCAUCGCUGCCGCGGCUGCAGCUGACCCAUACGCCGCAUCUAACUCGGCCCGCUCCCCUCUGACCCGUUCGCUCAGCCUCCAGGCUGGGGAGCUCGACCAGGGCUCCGGGCCCGUCGACAAGUCCACGUCCGGUUCCGACCGAUUGCUGAACAAUCGGGCCGAGGCAUUCAGCGUGGGGUCGGGAACAGAGAGCGCCCCUGGGACCUUACGCCGGGGCAAGAAGCCGAUCCGGACCGGCUCGCUGAAGAAGAAGCCGCUAUCCCGGCAGAACUCCAACCCAGAGAGCACCCCGCCGAAGUCCGCGUCCACCAGCAGCACCCCCGAGGUGAAAAAGAAGUCCAAGCCCAGAGCGGAGAGCCCUCUGCUGGCAGGCGAAGAAACAGCAGGCGGCUCAGCCACCGCAAGCCCUGCUGGAACGCUACGCAGGAACCGGGUGAAGCCGGUGCGUGUCGACAGCCCUCCACCCCUUGUGGAGGAGACCACACCUCCUAGUCCCAGCCCCGCUCCCACCCCUGUUGCUACUUCCUCUAUUGCCCCGCCAAGCAACCUCUACUCGGAGGACACCCCGCUCCCCGCCCCCAAGUCUGCCCCUGUUGUGGACGAAGACUCCCCCAUCCCCCCUGCGGGGUCCUACAACUGGGACCCGGACAACUUUGACAACAUCGACCCCUUCCGCACAGGUGGGAGCAAGAUCGCCAACUCACCUGAGCUUGCGAGGAAGAGCUUUGGAUCGUCUGCAGCGGGUGAAGACCCGGACGAUAAACCUCUACCCACCACCUCCACCACUGCUGCUGCUGCUACUGCUGCUCCCACUACCGCUGCUUCAAAGGCUGCUGUCUCGGCCGAAGACGCCACAAUCUCCACGCCAGCAGGUGGUGCCGCAGCUAAUCCGGAAGAGCAGCCGCUGAACAAGCGUCAGCCCGUCAGGCUGGAGUUCGACUACUCGGAGGAAGGCGGAGACGCUCCCUCCUCCAACGCCACUGAGACGCCACCAGCACAGCCGCCCGCCAAGAAGCUCGGCAAGAAACCCGGUGCCAAGAUGCCCCUCCGCAAGCCCAAAAUCGGCCUGAGGAAGCCUGCCACUACAGCGCCCUCUAUGGAGCAGCUGGAUAACGCGCCCAUCGCUCCGCCAUCGGAGCCGGUGGACAUAGAUGACAUCCCCAUCGGCAAGGGGAGCUACAGCUUUGACCCCAGCAAGUGGGACGACCCCAACUUCAACCCCUUCACUUCGAAAAGCGGCUGCGGCGUCAGUGGUGGCGGCGUGCCCAACUCCCCGCCGAUCUCCACAGGCAAGGGGUACACUUUUGACCCAGACUCCUUCAACGACUCCGUCGACCCAUUCAAGUCGACGAACAAGAUGUCCAACUCGCCGCCCAAGACCGCGACGACAUCCUCCUCGGCGUUUGAGGUGUCGGCCAACGACACCGAGAACGGCAACGACAACGUGGGCGAGCUGGAGGACCAGAAUCAGAACAAGCUGGCCAAGAAGAAGAAGCCAGUCAAGUCCAACACGUUCCGUAUCAAGAAGUCACCCAAGAGGACACCCAUGAAGGUUGCAUCCGCACAGCAGGACGAUGAUGACCUGGACGAUGAUUCUCACGCCGACGAGAACCCCGCAGCCCCCUCCCAGGGCCACGCCACCGACGAGGAGAAGCUGGCCAGCUCCACCAAUCAGAAGGAGAGGCUGGUGGCCGGCUCCACCAAUACCAAGUGGGCGUCCCGGCAAGAGAUGGAGGCAGAGCUUCAUGCAGACGCAGAGGAAGACUUCCCACAGCCCUCCGACCUCACCGCCUUCGUCAACGAGAACAACCGCGCCGCGCAGAACGAUGUGGCAGACUAUGGCAUUGAGUACAUGGAGAAGAUUGGCACCGGCACACCUCCUCUGUCCUCCAAAAAGCCGCCCAUGUAUUUGAAGUUGGACUCGGUGGCUGACAGCACUAGCAAGAGCUCAGAAAUGCAGGCAUCAGAUCCCAGCUCCCCCUGCACAGGGAGCUUUGAGGAGAUGGAAGCUCAGAUCACGGCGGGUUCUCGUUCUCCGGUUCUGCCGCCUGCCCGCACGGCCCCUGAGGGUUCCGCCAGCGAGAAGAGCAGCCGCAAACGGGAGGCCGACUCACACCCACACGCUCACACACACGCUGCCGAGCGGGACGGAGCGCCCCCCAUGCAGGAGCCUGCCGAGUCCCCCUCCCUCCCCCUGUUAGGCAGGCUGGCCCCCGACUUGGCCGAGCAGCUCAGCUAUAUGGAACCUGACCUGGCCGAGACCAACCCCUCAGCCUUCGCCCACAAACUCCAGGAGGAGCUGGUUCUAGCGGCCUUAAGGAUGGAAGCUCUGCAAGUAGCCCAGUGCAUCUCUCAGAGUCAGAUCCCCUCCCUAGCACAUGUACCCCCCACACAGUCUCGACUAAAGAAGCCCAGCAAAUGGAAGGGAAGUCGAAUCCCACAGUCCCCCGCAGUCAAAAGAGAGGCGUCUUCUCCAGCUGAGAAUUUGGUCUGCAAGACGUCCCUGUACACACGGCCAGGAUACAGCGAGGCAGAGAGUCCGUACCUGCCCCGAGAGCUGGACCAUUCCUUGGGCAUUGCCCGCGAGGAGAUUGUGGCCAAAGAGAAAGAGGUUUUGGAGUGGAAGAGGAAGUACGAGGAGAGCCGGCAGGAAGUGGUGGAAAUGAGGCGGAUAGUAGCAGAGUAUGAGAAGACCAUCGCACAGAUGAUUGAAGAUGAUCAGAGAGACAAGUCGUUAUCGCAUCACACGAUCCAGCAGCUCAUCCUGGAGAAGGACCAGGCACUGUCGGACCUCAACUCGGUGGAGAAGUCCCUCGCCGACCUCUUCCGCCGCUACGAGAAGAUGAAAGACGUGCUCGAGGGCUUCCGCAAGAAUGAGGAGGUGUUGAAGAAGUGCGCGCAGGAGUAUUUGGCGAGGGUGAGGAAGGAGGAACAGCGGUACCAGGCCCUGAAGAUACACGCGGAAGAGAAACUUGACAAGGCGAACACGGACAUCGCUCAGGUGCGGGCGAAGGCCAAGCAGGAGCAGGCAGCGUACCAGGCCAGCCUCAGGAAGGAGCAGAUGAAAGUCGACUCACUGGAGCGCACACUGGAACAAAAGAACAAAGAAAUAGAGGAGCUCACCAAGAUCUGUGAUGAGCUGAUCUCCAAAAUGGGACGGACAUAGUCACGGGCCAGGGUCAUCGCCUGGGGGUCCUCGUCAGGCAGAGUGUCUCUGCCUCCACCUGCCAAAUCAACAACCACACACCUGCACCUUCUCGUCUCGUCUCCAACACACACACACACACACACACACACACACACACACACACACACACACACACACACACACACACACACACACACACACACACACACACACACACACACACACACACACACACACACACUGAAGGAGACCUCACCUGGAACCCCCACUAUCCGUCCGUUCGUCCGUCCCUUUCCUACACAAACACACUUGACUUGAGUCCUUCGAUUUCCGAUUUGACACUACUGACUUUGUUAUUGCUCGUGUAGCCAGGAGACAGCGCCCCCAGCCUGGAUUGGGAGGACUUGUGUCGUCUUGUUUCUCCCAGAGUGGGAGUUCUAGCUUACAGCAUACUGUAAUUAGCUUGUACAUUUUGAUGUGUGUGUGGGUUUUUUUCCAUGUGUACCAAGGGGUGACUAACUUGGUGCGUCGCUGGAGGUCUUGUGCUGUAUCAGGGGUCUUGUGAAAGUUUUUAGAAAUGUACUCCCCAUCAGUAGAAAACGUUUGAGUGUGAAUGUGAAUGCGUCUGUGUGCGAGUGUUUUUUGACAGUGAGCGAGCAUGAACGAAUGAGUGAGGGAAAGAGAGAGAGAGAGAGUAGCGAGUGAAUGCUAAGCGAGUGUGUGCUAAAAGCCUGAGAGCAUGACGUAGUGAUGAGGUUGCUCGCCAACCAUGUCGCCAUGACGGCCACUGAUGGAGCCGACUGUUAACCCGUUAACUCCCGCACCCCCUGCACCCCUGACCAAGAGGUAGCAGCCUGAACGUUCCCAGAAGCAUCCCCCCCACCCCCACCCCCACCCCCACCUCCUCUUCACAUAGAAGCGCCACACAUAGACCACUAAGCAGUGUGCCAUUCUGCCAUCAUCGAAAGAGCCACUAGCCCGUUUGCCAGAGCGCUGCCUCCCUUGCCGUAAAAAGCAAGACCAUUGCCUGCAUGCGGUAGAAGAACCCUUGCCCUACCACACACAUUCUCGCCCUCUUAAACCCCGCCCCCACUUCCCUUCCUGAUUUGUACAUAGUAUAUCCUAUUGGACCUCCUGCUGAGUAGAGACUUACCCCUCCGCAACAACCCCACCCGCACCCCUUGCUGGUUUUGAUACACUCUGUGAGUUUUAACCUGCCUCCGUGCAUACGAUGCGUACCUUUGUAGAUACAUUGAUUGUGUGGUCUCUUCCUUCCAUGGCUUCUUAGCAGAUUUAACGAUGUGAUUUUAUUAUUAUUAUUACUAUUAUUAUUAUUAUUAUUUUCGUUUCUGGGGAAUUUUAUUUUGAUAAUGAUGAUGAACCUUAUUAUAUGACUAUGGUUGCUGUCGGUGGUACUGAUUUUAAGACGCGUAAUUUAAUUUGGAUCGACUUGACUUUGUCUCAGUCCUGCUAUGGUUGAUGUGUCACAGAGGGAGGGGGGGUGCUGUGGAGUAGAGAAGAACCCCCCCUCCCCCUCCCAAACCGCUACUAUGACACCUGCUUACAAAACAAACAAACAAAAAAAAACAAGUGCAAUAAAGG